UGUGUGGACAAUCUUUGAUGCACUCUUGCCAUUUUUCGAAUAGUGAGUGAAUGUGACUGGGCAUUUCAGUUGUCGUUGUGUGAAUAGUUGGAAAUCGUUAGAAAUCAUGUCAUCGGUUUUAGUACCCGAAAUUCCGGCUCCAGGAUUUUCUUUCGAUCUCUGUCAGAGGAAUAACUUCCUCUCUAAAAAGGGAUUUCAGGUACCAAAAGCUAUAAAAACUGGUACCACGAUUGCUGGUAUCGUUUAUAAGGAUGGGGUAAUUCUUGGUGCUGAUACAAGAGCAACUGAGGAUACCAUUGUGGCAGAUAAAAACUGUAGAAAGAUUCACUACCUUGCCCAAAACAUGUAUGUUUGCGGAGCAGGAACUGCUGCUGACACUGACAUGACUUCUCAGAUGAUUGCCAGUCAGUUAGAGCUACAUCGCCUGAAUACAGGACGUAUUGUUCCUGUAUGCACUGCCAAUGCUAUGCUCAAACAAUUAUUAUUCCGUCACCAAGGGCAUAUUGGAGCAGCCCUUGUUCUAGGUGGUGUAGAUUUAGAUGGUCCACAUCUUCACUGUAUUUUCCCUCAUGGAUCCAGUGAUACACAACAAUAUACCACCAUGGGUUCUGGAUCAUUAGCAGCUAUGGCAGUCUUUGAGAGUCGCUGGAAGCCUGGAUUAUCGGAGGAGGAAGGCAAGGAGUUGGUAGCUGACGCCAUUCGAGCUGGUGUUUUUAAUGACCUCGCUUCAGGAUCCAAUGUAGAUUUGUGCAUCAUCCGCAAAGGUUCGGUCGAAUAUAUUCGACCAUACGAUGUCGCAAACGUGAAAGGAGUGAAGCAAUCAUCGUACCGUUACAAACGCGGCACGACUGCCGUUUUAGCCCAGACAAUUCGUCCAAUAAUCAUCGAGAAGGAAACAAUCUGCAAGGUAGACACGGAAUCAAUGGACACUUCCUCUUAAGUCAUGUAUACAAUGUCUUUUUUUUUAAUAUUAAAUCUUCAAUAAAUGUCGAAUUUGUCAAAAUAAA